GAAUAACAGGUCUGAAUCUGGUCCUCUGCCAUUGAGAUGGAAAGCUAUGGCGCUGAGGAGGAUUUGAGCUCCAGAAAAAAGGAUCAAGCUGGUUGACUCAUCCAGAGAAGAAGGAUGCCGGUGCAGCUGACAACAGCCCUGCGUGUGGUGGGCACCAGCCUGUUUGCCCUGGCAGUGCUGGGUGGCAUCCUGGCAGCUUAUGUGACAGGCUACCAGUUCAUCCACACAGAAAAGCACUACCUGUCCUUCGGGCUGUACGGUGCCAUCCUGGGCCUGCACCUGCUCAUCCAGAGCCUGUUUGCCUUCCUGGAGCACCGGCGCAUGCGGCGGGCAGGCCGGCCAUUGAAGCUGCCCUCACCGAUGCGGCGCUCGGUGGCACUCUGUAUUGCUGCAUACCAGGAGGACCCUGACUACUUGCGCAAGUGCCUGCGCUCAGCCCAGCGCAUCGCCUUCCGCGACCUCAAGGUGGUCAUGGUGGUGGACGGCAAUCGCCAGGAGGAUGCUUACAUGCUGGACAUCUUCCACGAGGUGCUCGGUGGCACCGAGCAAGCCGGCUUCUUUGUGUGGCGCAGCAACUUCCAUGAGGCGGGUGAGGGCGAGACGGAGGCAAGCCUGCAGGAGGGCAUGGACCGUGUGCGGGAUGUGGUGCGGGCCAGCACCUUCUCGUGCAUCAUGCAGAAGUGGGGAGGCAAGCGAGAGGUCAUGUACACGGCCUUCAAGGCCCUUGGUGAUUCGGUGGACUACAUCCAGGUGUGUGACUCUGACACUGUGCUGGAUCCAGCCUGCACUAUCGAGAUGCUUCGAGUCCUGGAGGAGGACCCCCAAGUAGGGGGUGUCGGGGGAGAUGUCCAAAUCCUCAACAAGUACGAUUCAUGGAUCUCCUUCCUGAGCAGCGUGAGGUACUGGAUGGCCUUCAACGUGGAGCGCGCCUGCCAGUCCUAUUUUGGCUGCGUGCAGUGUAUUAGUGGGCCCUUGGGCAUGUACCGCAAUAGCCUCCUUCAGCGAUUCUUGGAGGACUGGUACCAUCAGAAGUUCCUGGGCAGCAAGUGCAGCUUUGGGGACGACCGGCACCUCACCAACCGAGUCCUGAGUCUCGGCUACAGGACUAAGUAUACAGCACGCUCUAAAUGCCUCACAGAGACCCCCACCAAGUACCUUCGGUGGCUCAACCAGCAGACCCGCUGGAGCAAGUCUUACUUCCGGGAGUGGCUCUACAACUCUCUGUGGUUCCACAAGCACCACCUCUGGAUGACCUAUGAAUCAGUGGUCACAGGUUUCUUCCCUUUCUUCCUUAUUGCCACGGUCAUACAGCUUUUCUACCGGGGCCGCAUCUGGAACAUUCUCCUCUUCCUACUGACGGUGCAGCUGGUGGGCAUUAUCAAGGCUACCUAUGCCUGCUUCCUUCGGGGCAACGCAGAGAUGAUCUUCAUGUCCCUUUACUCCCUUCUCUAUAUGUCCAGCCUUCUGCCAGCCAAGAUCUUUGCCAUUGCUACCAUCAACAAGUCUGGCUGGGGCACCUCUGGCCGAAAAACCAUUGUGGUGAACUUCAUUGGCCUCAUCCCUGUGUCCAUCUGGGUGGCCGUCCUUCUUGGGGGGCUGGCCUACACAGCUUACUGCCAGGAUCUGUUCAGUGAGACAGAGCUAGCUUUCCUUGUCUCUGGGGCCAUCCUGUAUGGCUGCUACUGGGUGGCCCUCCUCAUGUUGUAUCUGGCCAUUAUUGCUCGGCGGUGCGGGAAGAAGCCAGAACAGUAUAGCUUACCUUUUGCUGAGGUGUGACCCAGCCCCCAAGCAGAGCGGGAAAAGUGCAAUGGGUAAGGGAGGGAAGGGGAAUGGAAAAGACAGGGUGGGAGGGAGGAGGGAGUGCUGUUUUAGUUUCUUAAUGGUCCAAAGGACAAAUCUGAAGUGCAAAGAACAGUGACUGUAGUACAACCUGGGACAGUUUAGAGAAGGCAAGUCCAGCUCUGGGGCAGAGGAGGUGUCUACGUUUUCCGGCUGCCUGACUGCUUGCCUGUGCACACACAGUGGCCUCUGGGAAGGAUUCUACUUCCUCCCACGGAAUCCAGAGGGAACUCAGAAGUGUGCUAAAACAAACAGUAAGUUCCAUUCAGUGGCAACUUCUGAUAGGUAAUUGAGCAACGACAGCCUGUGGGAAGGGGUUCCCUUAGUCCACCUGAACACAACCAGAGGCGGUGGGAAAAUUUCUGAGAUUUGGCCCAGCUAAGUAAUGUGUCCCCCUCCUCAAUCUAGUUAUCAAUGCAAUAAGAUUGUGCCUGAAAUACAACGCCCAGAAGCCUGGUCUCUGGGCAUCAGAAAACAGGGUCCAGGAAUGGUGCUUUAUUACGUGAUGUACCCCAUUCCACAUCUCAACAUCCCAAGGAUGAGCCAAACUUGCAGGAGGUUAGCACUGAACUGCUUUUAAGUGUGUAUUUGUGUGUGUAUAUAUAUAUGUCAAAAAGGAAAGUCUGCCAGGAGGAACAAACAUUGGUGGUGGUGCUAAAGGCCAUGGGCUAUACACUGAAGGCCUUGGGCUGAAUGCACUCUACCUGGAAAUUGCCUAGACACCUAGAUUAGCUUGUCUGUGAUCUCUCGGGGGGAGGUCAAAUGGUCAUCUACCAGGAAGAUUAAACCCCAGUAUGCUCAGAAAGGAAGUGAUGGCUUAGGUAUUUCAACCUGUAUACUUGAGAACUCCUCUCUCAAUCAGCUGUGUCUUGGACAGACUUCACCUCAAACUGAUAGUCACCUCUUCCACCCUCCCCCUCAUGGGUACGACUGAGGUGGCGACUGAGACCAAGCCGGGACUCUCAUAGGAUCCCCUGCAACAGGCAAGCCUGCCCGCAGCACAUGGGAUAAAAACUAUUAAAAGCCUCUGACCAAACUGGCUACAGUCCUGGAACUGCUCGGACAGAUUUCUUGGCAGCUGAGUAGCAUGUGACUUCUGGGCUACAGUUCUUGACAAUCACCUUUAAUGGAAAGCUUUCCAAUGUUCCCUAAGUGAACCCUCACAUCCAAGCUGGUCAUCGUUGAGACUGUCCAUUCUCUUCAAUGGCUUCUGCAGGGAAUUCUUACAGGCAAGUUGUGGAUAGUCACUACUGCAUUUACUUGUUUCUGCCCAAAAACUAGCCUAGGAGAUGGAAUUGUUUUCUAAAUCAUUAAGGUUCUUGCUUUCAAUCUCCUGAGGCUAUUUGAUUUCCCUCUUUUUCUUUGGGUGGGAUGAAAGGGAAGUGAGGGAAGGCCAUUUUCUACAGAUUUGCAAUCCGUACGUAGACUGUCCUGAGGUCUUAGGUUUGAAACCUGGGAUAGUGACUAAGCCUUUGACUUAGGGGUUGCUUGCUCAUGUGUGCUUGCUCUCUCCAAACAUCCAUCCUCCGAGGGGCUGGCUGACCCCUCAGAACCAGCACUAAGGUGGAGAAUCGUUGAGGGGGAAAGCCCCUAGUGUGCCCAGGUGCCUACAAAGGAACAAAGUGUGCUCUGAGCCACAGAUGGGCAAACCCUGGUGCUUUCCUUCAUCUCCCACGAACUCAAGGGUUUUCCAGGUGCAGCUAACAUUGCUACAUCGCACAGACCUCGCAUUUCUGUUAAGACUGCUGGUUGACGUGCGGCCCGAUCCAAGAAGCCUGGGAAGAGGCAGCGGGCAUUUGCUAAAGGCAGUGUUUCCAGGCUCUUCCAUGUCUCUGCUGGCCAAGAAGUAAACUAUUUUGAGCACUACAAUGGAGGAAAUCCGGUCAGCGAACUGCAAAGGUCAGACUUCACUAAGGGCUUGUUUUUCUUCAGCUUUUACUUGAACAUUAAUGUAGGAGGGACUCCCAGAUACAGAACUCUAGGCUGUCCUACCAUCAGUUCUGCGGUUAACAACUUUCCCCAGAUCAAAAGUAGGCAGGUACAAAUAGUGGGCUCACAACGUUUGACCUCUACUGGUUUUUCUAAGUUAUUUUGUACAUUUUUCAGCAGCGAAACCAAACUGGGUCUUCAGCUUUAUUCCCGUUUCUUGGAAGGGGAAGAGCCUUUAUACAAUUGGACAUGUUUUGGUUUUUCCUGAGAAUUUUAACCCUCUUUUGUAUUAUUUCUACAGUAAUUUGUAAGCAUAUUUAUUUUUACUUUUUUUUAAACCUUCUUGGGUCAGAUUUUUUAUACUGCACUUACAUGUCAAAAUAAAGAUUCUC